AUUACAUACUGGACUAUCUCAUACUUGUGAUACCAUUAAUGUUAGGUUUUACCAUCUUGGACAUGUACCAUCAAGUGAUUCUUAUAACUCUUCUCUGUAUCGUUAUUGGACUCUUUGUAACCGCAGACUAUGCCUACAACAAACCACCCGCAGCAUACAGGACAUUCUCAGAAGUAUUACAGUUGAAUAUUGCCAGCAAGAAACCUUUCAUUUCCAAUUACAGAGCUUAUGCAAAUAUUGCUACAGCUAUUGCAAUUCUGGGUGUAGACUUCAUAAUAUUUCCUCGAAGGUUUGCGAAGACUGAGACGUAUGGUUCUGGACUGAUGGACGUUGGUGUGAGUGGCUUUAUUAUUGCCAAUGCUAUUGUGUCACCAGAAGCCAGGGGGAAAUACAAAGAAGCAAGUGGAUUUGAUGUUGCACUCCGUCACAUGCUAAGAUCUGUAAAAUCUACAUCACCACUUCUAGUACUUGGACUAGCCCGACUUCUGUCGGUGAAAGCAACUGAUUACCAUGAACAUAUAACAGAGUAUGGAGUGCACUGGAAUUUCUUUUUCACCUUAGCAGCUGUAAGGGUAUUAUCAACACUUUGUCUAACAUUCAUCAGUGUCAAAAUCAGCUGGGUGAUCUCAUUGGUUGUUGCCAUUGGUUACCAGUAUCUUUUGACCAAUCAUGGCUUAGAACACUUCAUUCUUCAUGGUAGUGAUGGCAAGGAUACAAGAGAAGGCUUUCUCAAUGCCAACAGAGAGGGCAUCAUCUCCUCACUGGGAUAUGUUGCUCUUUAUUUUGCUGGAGUACAGCUUGGUCGGUUCUUUUUUCAACCAAGGUUCAAUGUUUUGGAUUGGUGCAAGGCUUUCCUUAUUUUAUGUGUUGUAAACAUUGUUCUGUGGAUAUUACUCCCCAUCAGUACAGAAUAUACACAUCCUAUUUCAAGAAGAGUUUGUAAUCUAUCGUUUAUUGUUUGGUCGUUACUGUACUGUAUACACUUGCUUACGGGUUUCCUCUUAGUUGAUCUUAUUACCUUAUUUGCGUCAGAGAUGGGAUUUAUACGAAAUUCAACUCCGAGGACUAAGGACCAUAAAGAUGAUCCAAACACAGCCACAGUUCUACAAGACAGCAAGUAUUGUCUGAUUGCAUCCAUUAAUAGAAAUCAGCUUCUGUACUUCCUUCUCGGCAACGUAAUGACUGGGAUCAUAAACGGUAUCAUGAAGACCAUUCUGGCGCCACCUCAUGUUGCAUUUGUUGUACUUUCUAGUUACAUGUUUAUACUGAGUUUUGUUCAUGUCAUUUUGCAUGCAUUGAAUAUUACUACUAAGGUCUGGUAGUUGAGUAAUUUAAGGCUGGUAUAUUGAAAGAAUUUAUUUUUAUAUCCUUGUACAAGUUUGCUCAAGUUAAAAUGUUUUUUUUUUACAUAAUAGAAUCUCUGU